AGAGCAGCCACACCAGGUUAGAGCUCUGCCAAGGGGGAUUUAAGUGUUCCAAUGCCACUGUGAACAUCCAGGCAGAGGCCAGCAUCAUGUGGGGAUUAAUGAUACUUGCCCAACUCUUGGCUGGAAUUGGAACAGUCCCUAUCCAGCCUUUUGGAAUUUCCUAUGUGGAUGACUUUGCUGAGCCAAACAAUUCUCCCUUGUACAUAGCAAUCUUAUUUUCCAUCGCAGUGUUUGGCCCAGCUUUUGGCUACUUACUUGGUUCUGCAGCAUUGAGGAUAUUUGUGGAUUUUGGACGGGUUAACCUGAAGGAUGUAAACCUGACCCCAGGUGACCCACGUUGGAUUGGAGCAUGGUGGUUGGGCCUUCUCAUUGCCUCUGGUUGUUUACUACUCAAUUCCAUUCCCUAUUUCUUCUUCCCUCGAUAUAUGUUUAAAGGGAAGGGGGCAUCUGACGUGGAUAUCCUGAAGAAGAUUGAGAAAGCAAAGGCAGAGGAAGAGUCCCUGAUGGUUUUUAUCAAAAAGUUCCCACAAGGCUUCCUAAGACUGCUUCUCAAUCCACUCUUCAUUUUGUUGGUCUUGACACAGUGCAGCUUCUCCUCUAUUCUUGCUGGACUCUCUACCUUCCUCAACAAGUACCUGGAAAAACAAUUUGGUGCUACCUCAUCCUAUGCUAAUUUCCUCAUUGGGUCUGUGAAUUUGCCUGCAGCUGCACUAGGGAUGCUCUUUGGAGGGUUCCUCAUGAAGCGUUUUGGUUUCUCACUCAAAACCAUCCCACGUUUCACCGUUGUGGUGUUACUUUUCUCCACCCUUUGCUAUCUUCCUCUCUUUUUUAUGGGCUGCUCCUCACAGAACGUGGCUGGAAUUCAUCUAUCCAGUACAUCAAGUUCCCCAGAACAGGAUCCAUGUAACCAUCAGUGCUCCUGCUCAAAGGAUCUCUUCCAUCCAGUCUGUGGAGAUGAUGGUGUAGAGUACCUCUCUCCCUGUCAUGCUGGCUGUACUGGUUUCUUCUCUAAUUCUUCAACUUCUGGAAUUAUCUACACAAAUUGCUCCUGUAUCUCCACCAAGAAUGGACAAUCCUCAGCAAAGACUGGAUCUUGCCCUGUUAGCUGUGCCCAUCUGUUGCUGCCUGUUAUAUUCAUCAUCUCAUUUGCUGCAUUGAUUGCCUGCCUAUCUCACAACCCUCUCUACAUGAUGGUAUUACGAGUGGUGUCCUAUGAUGAGAAGUCUUUUGCUAUUGGAGUCCAGUUCCUAUUGAUGAGAUUACUAGCCUGGUUGCCAGCUCCUACCCUCUUUGGCAUCCUCAUUGACUCCUCCUGCAUAUGGUGGAAGAAAGACUGCAACAAUAAGAGUGGAUCCUGCCAUUACUAUAACAAUAGCUUCUUCCGCAGCAGGUACUUAGGCCUCCAGGUUGGCUACAAAAUUAUUGGCAUUCUGCUAUUAUCUUUCAUCAGCUGGAAGCUGACCAAGAACAAGGAAUACAAUGUGCAAGAAAAAGCUGCUGGCCUAGUGUAGCUCUACACUACAACAAUACCUGCUUGAAGCAUCAUUUUGUAUCAUGUUUGUAUUUACUUAACUUGGCCUUUGUGCCUUUCUUUUUUAUAAUAUGUUUUUUUACAAUACAGGCACCAUUUCAUAUUAGGAGCUGAACUUUAACUCCUACAUGACCAGUUUCUGCUGCAUAUAGUCCAACUAAAUGAACAUGCUUGUGCUGGGAAACGGAGGGGCCAAACAUCCACUCAGUAUUGAAAGAGAUUACACAGCGAACUCACCUCACUGAAAGGAUUGAAAUGAAAACAUCUACAGCCAGCAAAGGGGAGCCCCGAAGCUACAGCAGUAGAGGCAUCUUCAGGACUGGGCGUGAGAUGGAUCUCUCCCAUCCUGCAGACAGACUGUUGGAAGGAAGGCAACCAGUUCUCUUGAUUUUAUGUCAAAACAAUGGAAAUAGCAAGUGAAAGCUGUUACAGUUAAAAGAACCAUAUGUGUUGCUUAGAAGUUGCUAAGGGAGCAGCAGUCCAGUUUGGCCAUGGGGUCUUGGGCUGUUCAAUUCAAUCAACUUUGUUGCAUUAUCCAGACUUGGCCAAGGGAGAAACAACUUCUACCACCACCCGGUCUGCCCUCUCUCGUGCCUUUUCUUCUUCUUUGUCCUUUACUAGGGCCAGAGCGGAUAUAAAUACCCCUCAGUGUAUAAAGUUAAUUGUGGUGACAUGCUGACUUUUAAAUAAAAAUGUUUUUUCUA